AUGGAAUCUAUAUUCACAACUCUCGGCGAAGCGUCGAAAUACCCACCAGAGGAACAGAAUAAUGAUCCUUACCCCAAACCCUCGCCCCAAUUGAAUAGUUCAGUCGAUAAUUCCGAAGAUUCAUUCAAUUCAGAGGGUGAACACUUAUCAAAAAGAACGCAGAAUAGGGUGUACAAGUCCACCAUAACACAGCACCUACCGAUUCAUGAGGCCUUAUGUCCCGUCACAGGAGCCAAUCAUUCGCAUCUGCUUCAAUUCGACAUUCAUAUUUGCCCCAGGUGUUACAAGAAUAUCUAUGACGACCUUGAAGAGGACGACAAAUCAGAAAAAGGCACGAAAUCCACUGACAAGAUACCGACAACGGCCCCCUCUGGGGAGACUAUGGAGGGCAAUAUAAAAUUCGAAGUAGAAUAUUUAGAUCAGAUCAGCAAGAUUCGAGAUGAUGUUAGCUGGUUCAGACGUAAAGCUUCAAAGGAAAUACCUUGGGACGGGCCCUUUGACCUGGCUAAGGCGCGCCAAGGGAUUAAAGUCCACCCAAGAAAGACGAUUGUCAAAAUCAAAACGAUUUUGGUGAUUGACCACCCAGAUGAUGAUGAUCGGUCUGAUGGGAAACGUAUCAGGAUCGUAAGGGAAGGCUUAAUGAACGACCCACGAGUUCAAUUCAAAUCUAUCAAACAACAAAUGACUAUAAGGUCAAAAGCAAUCAUCGAGGCACUCCAAAAGAUCGUCACGUAUUAUCCCAGAACGAACGUGAACGUAGACACGUUGGUAUUGAAGUCCCCGUUCUGUAUCCUAGCUCACCAUCUGACGGAGCUCGAGACGUGCACAAGGAUCGCUUUCGAUCAUAUCGGCCAACUUCUUCGCUUCCUUAGGAGUGAUAUUUACGGCAACGAGAUUGAUAUUGAAAGGGCCCGACACUCUAAAACUCCCCCGAUGUGCACAUUUCCCCUAAUGUGGUUACUAUAUAAACCAGGGACUACAGUUUACAUUACUGAGGAGAGUAUUGAAGCGGGUGCUUAUGUUGUUGCAGAAUGUGAGGUCGACCCCGAACUUCUACAGACCGACAAGCUAUCGAGGUCCUAUAGGUUGGCGCUAUGGAAUCUCAACUCUGAUGGAAUGUAUGUUCGUCGAUCCAGAAAAACCAAAGUGGUUGGAUAUUUCGACGGCGAACGCCCCAUAUUAGAUCUGCAAGUUAUCCCGGCAGAUUUCGUCGAUGCUUCAGACGGGGGCAAGACACGAAAGAAGUUAAUCGAAAGGGGGAGAAAAUGGUACGAAAUGCUAAAGGGGGGGCAACAAUGGCAUUACCAUGGGCAAACCUACUCCUUUGACAAGAAAGUGAUUGACACACGUGUGGUUAUAGACAUUGACGCAUACUUCCAGCACAAUAAAAUAAACCUCAUAUCAGAAAACUUCAUGAUUAAUGACAUGGGAGAUAACCUUGCCAUUUGUCCAUGUGAGAGGUGUCGCGGCGGACGCCCUCAUCCCCCCAGGGGCUUUCCGUGGGCAGAAUAUGACAUAGUUCACCCGCGACAUGACGACCUCGAAUUUUCAGGCAAUCAUCCGAAUCCAAAACACCGCUACCUGCUUUGUGUAGGAAAUAUUGGGGGACUCGCAUUGAGGACCCGGACUUGGGAAAAACUAGACGUGGAGCUGUGUUAUCCCCCAACUAUCAAUACCAAAGCGAUAGACACGCUUGUAAUGCCAGACGAGCGAAAGAGGAUGAUCAAAGCAAUCGUCCAAAAGUACACGGAUCCAAGAUUCACGCCUGGCACAUCAGUUUCAACUUGGGGAGCAGACUUUAUCGAGAAAAAGGGAGAGGGCCAAAUCUUUCUCCUCCACGGAGGCCCUGAAUGUAUCUCUGAAUUGAUCGGGCGGCCACUGCUUUCUUUGACCUGCGCAGACUUUGGAACUAACGAGGAAGUCAUGGAAGACAGGCUAUCUAGGUGGUUCAAACUUGCUGAAAAAUGGGGUGCUGUAAUGCUUCUUGAUGAAGCGGACGUUUGGUUGGAAAGACGGAUGAUUUCCGAUUUGAAACGAAACACUCUGGUCGCCGUCUUCCUUCGAUGCCUGGAAUAUUAUCGGGGUAUUCUGUUCUUGACCAGCAACCGCGUGGGAACCUUUGACGAUGCUUUCAUCUCUCGAGUUCACGUCGUAAUCAAAUACGAAGAUUUAGGAGAACCUGAACGCAAGCAGAUUUGGAAGCAAUUCUUCGACAAACUCGAGAGGGAACGUAAAGAUACGAUCCUCGUGGAAUCCCGGGCGAAGCAUUUUGUCAUGAACGACUCUGAGAUGAAGAAGAUACCAUGGAAUGGGCGAGAGAUACGAAAUGCUUUCCAAACCGCCGUAUCGCUAGCAGAAUAUCGGUACCACUAUGAAGGUGGAAAGGAAGAGAGUGAUACUAUUGUCUUAGACAAGGUAGAUUUCGAGCAAGUUUGCCAGAUGUCUAUAGACUUCAAGGAUUAUCUCAAAAGAGUCCACAGAGGUGACGACGAAAAUGAUAGGGCGAUGAGGGAGAGAGCCAGAGCAUAA